AUGGCCGCCAUCUGGGGUAAUGGUGGGCAAGUAGGCCAGUUUCCCCUUGAGCAAUGGUUCUACGAGAUGCCGCCUGUCACCCGGUGGUGGACAGCUGCCACCGUUGCUACGUCAGUAUUGGUGCAGUGUCAUAUCUUGACACCGUUCCAGCUAUUCUACAGCUUCCGGGCUGUGUACUUCAAGUCGCAGUACUGGCGCCUAGUAACGACCUUUCUCUAUUUCGGACCGCUCAGUCUAGAUCUACUAUUCCACGUGUUUUUCCUGCAACGGUACUCGCGCCUGCUCGAGGAAACGUCCGGUCGAUCUCCCGCUCACUUCUCGUGGCUGUUAUUCUAUGCGAUGGUGUCGCUCUUGAUCAUCUCCCCGUUCCUGUCGCUGCCGUUCCUGGGCACUUCGCUCUCCUCAAGUCUGGUCUACAUCUGGAGCCGCCGCAACCCUGACACCCGUCUUAGCUUCUUGGGGCUACUUGUCUUUACGGCCCCGUAUCUGCCAUGGGUCCUGAUGGCAUUCAGCCUUGUGGUUCACGGCAUCGUGCCGAAGGAUGAGAUUUGUGGCGUGGUGGUGGGCCAUGUUUGGUACUUCUUCAACGACGUCUACCCGCCGCUCCAUGGUGGUCAUCGCCCUCUUGAUCCACCGAUGUGGUGGAUGCGGAUGUUUGAUUCUCAGGCGGAUGCACGUGGGACGGACACGAACAACAUCAAUGGUGACUUCGCCGCUGCUGCGGCGCAUGAAGUGCGUUGA